AUGAGCAGUGAAGCAAGGGAAGAAGCACGUGCCAACGAGAAGUGCGGCUACCUCGACGGUGUUCAUCAGAAUUGUUCUAAAGGCUUCGUAUGUACUAACCAUGUGUGUCUCUGUCCUCCUCCCUACUCAGUCAUUGACGACGUCUGUACAAAUAGCUCAACCCCUCAGUCAAUGAGCUCUCCCUGUGAUCCAGCAUGUCAACCACCUCAACUGUGUGUUAAUAACCGUUGUGAAUGUGCCGAUGGUGUGUCGUGUGUGAUUGCGGACGUGUCACGUCGACGUCGUAAACGUAAUGUCGAGCAGUCGAUGGUAUGCUGGCCUGGAGCGGCUCAGUGUAGUGCCGGGAAUGGUGUGUGUAUCGACAACGUAUGCCACUGCAUUAAUGGAUACGUCGAAGCGGAUGGCGUCUGUGCUCCAGAAUUCGUCCGAAUCAAUGAGAAAUGUGACCCGAACAACGUUUCACCGCGAUGUAUGGAAAAUGCCAUCUGUACCAACGGUGUCUGCGUAUGUGCCGUCCCUGGCGGCUGUGAUCGUGAGAACCUUCACACUGGGCCCAGAUACAGUGACGGGCGUUGUACCACGGAUCGGCAAUGUCAGAAUGGACGAUGUGUUGCGGGAAGAUGCCACUGUAAUGAAGGAUUCAUUCUUCAGAGCGGCAUCUGCGUGUCCGUGAUCGGUGCCUUCAAGAACAUCAACGGCCAAUGCACAGUGGGUGAUCGCUGCUCUGGUGGAUCGACAUGUCGCGCUAACGUCUGCCAGUGCGUUGACGGCUCUUCUGAACAUCACGGUCGUUGUCGUCAGUCCCCAGGAGGACGAUGCACGUACGGGGAGACAUGCGAUGGAGGCUCGAGCUGCGAAUUCGGUUUGUGCCGUUGUCCUGACGGUCACAUCAUCAACACCGGCAGGUGUGUCAUGGGCAGUGCUGAACCCGGCAAGUCGUGUCAGAACGGUCAGAAAUGCGUUCACGGGAGUGUCUGUCGUUUCGGGAUGUGCAUGUGUGUCGCGAAGUACGUGACAUCUAAAGGACGGUGCGUUGGCUCGUUGAAAGGCCCUGGUUUCGAGUGUCACGAGAAAGAUAUCUGCAACGGUGGUUCAACAUGUCGAGAAGGAUUCUGUGUGUGCAACGAUCUGGAGGUGAUCAUCAAUGGCCAAUGUGUGGGAAGUCAUGAAAAAGCCAACGAAGUCGUUGACAAUCUGCUUGUCGCCGCGCCUGGACAGCCUUGUGAUGCCCGGACAAACUGCACUGGUGGAUCCACUUGCAUCAAUCGUGUCUGCACAUGUGAGCACGGCGCAAUCGACGAGUCAGGUAGAUGCUCUGAAGUGAGGAAGGAAUAUGGCGCCAAUGCAGCACCAGCAAAGAAAAGCCCGGACCAUUUCCAACCCGGUUCGGCCUGCGCGCUCACUAUUGAGUGUCCCUAUCGGACUCAAUGUGUUAGAGGAGUAUGCCGUUGCAAGAAAGGCGAGACCAUCGUGGAUAACACAUGCAGGAAAGCGAUCCAUCAGGUACUGCCUGGUGGUAAGUGCGACCCUCGUAAAGGGUAUGACUGCAUUGGUGAAGCCCAUUGCUUCUACGGUGUCUGCACAUGCACUCGGCACCUCAUCAACAACGGCAAGGAGUGCGUGACUGUGACCGAAAUGGAAAUGGUGACACCUGGGAAGAGAUGUGGUCCCGGACAGUCUUGCAACGGAGGAUCGCGCUGUAUCGAUGGAAUCUGCCGAUGUCCCGAAGACGAAGUGCCAGACGUCAACAAAAAGUGCGUCAAGAAGUCGCAAGUCUAUCCUGUCUUCGACAAACUUUCUGGGAUCUCAACAACUCCCGUUUAUCAACCCGAACCGGUGCUCCCUACUAGCACCUCAGUGCCAAAUAUAACGCCAGCACUAGAUAUGAUGGGUGAACUGGAAGCUUUUGAAGCAAUGCUGAAAGCAAAUCCUAGCUUUUCGCAAACUGAAACGGUCCCUCAAACAAUUUUCGGCCACACUUGCCAGACGAAGGACGAGUGCCCGGCCAAUGCGUUCUGUUUCCAGCAGCUGUGCAGGUGCAUGAUUGGAUUCCGCGCCAGCGCAGGGUAUUGCCAGCCUAUUUCUGCCAACUGUGUAACUCCUCCGAUGGACCAAGGAAAGCCGUGUGCCCAGCUGGCCCAUCCUGGUGAGGACUGCACACAUGGGCAGGUGUGCUCGUUCAACAGUUACUGUGGCCUAUUCAGUGGAGUCUGUGAAUGUCCAAGUGGUAUGGCAACAACAAAUGAGCGUUGCGAACGUACGUUGGCUGCUCCGGGACUUGGCUGUGUCACAUCAAGGAACUGCUAUGGAUCCAGCUACUGUGACAAUGGCCUAUGUCUAUGUAAAACUGGUUAUGAACUGGUUAAUGAUUUCUGUGUACCGGUUGGUCAAACUCCCACUGGCAGUAUGAAGGAUCUGAGCUUUAAACCCGUUGAGCCUUACUUCACCUCUACGGUAUCUUCAAGUGUCCCUGCUGUCUAUUCAUCAGCCACCAUUCCUCUGGAUUUCUCGAAACCUCCAUUCAACUUCCCAGCCAAGCCCCAGAUAAAAGCCUACUACCCUAACUUCAAUCAGCAACAAAUGCCUGCGCCAUCACAGGCGCCAGUUCUGCCUGAGGCUCAGAGAUUUUCCGGUUUUUCUAUGCCAUUCGCUAAGGGAGCCAACACCAGGUCUGGAGAUGUGCUGCCCGAAACAGCAGCAAAGGCCUUCCUGAAGCUGAAGGCAACUCCCUUUGUCAGAAGCAGUUUUGUCGUUGUCCUCCGAAUACUUUCGCUGAGAAACGGCAUCUGUAGCAUUCGAAAACGAAUGAGUCCGAACCCAAGGCAUAAUAACGACGAGGGGAUCUCAAGCCAAGAAGAGGACGACUUCGCUGAAGAGCGGCAGUUUGCCGCUCCGCUGGAAAACUGCCAGAAUUUCGAGUUCUGCACUGGCGGUUCGGAAUGCUCGAAUAUUCAAGGAAUGGGGUUAGUGUGUCAGUGCCCAACGAACAGGAUUUUCCUCGAAGAUGAAUGUGUCGACGUGCCAAGAAACGCAAAUCUGGCUGGGAUAGGAGAAAGUUGUCGCAAUGGUGAGAUCUGCCUAGGUGGAAGCAGAUGCCUACAGAAUAUCUGUAUGUGCGACGAGAAUCGCCAUGACAUUCUCGGGAUUUGUGUGACCACAGCUCGACCCGGGGACGACUGCAGCAACGGGCAGAUCUGUGUCGAUGGAGCGGUCUGCGCCGCCUCGGUCAAGGCAUGUGUUUGUCCACCGGGCAGGAUUUCAAAGCUGGGUCGUUGUGUGGAAAAGGAGCAUGCACUGGGUGUGCCGAAAACCGUGGGUCCGGGCAGUGAAUGCGGAAGUCAGGCCAUCUGUGAGGACAAUUCCUUCUGUAGCGGCGAAGGCGUCUGCGUAUGCCUGCCGAGGUUCGAGCUUUAUGGCGAAAAAUGUGUCCCAAACGUGAUGGUCAAACAUCCAGGUGAUGGAUGUAAUUCGGGGAACAUGUGCAGUGCAGGAAGUGAAUGCAGAGACAACGUCUGCACCUGUCCCAGUGGUCAGCUGAUCAUCGAAGGGAAGUGUGUCCGAGUCACAAACGACAUACGAAAAAGGCCUGUCAGACCGGAUUGCACCUUAGACACUGAUUGCUCUGAUCAUUACCGAUGUGUGGACCAGAAAUGUGUCUGUCAUGGGAAUUUCUCUUACUGCUUACGGUUGGUGCUCAAGAGAGCUGAGGCCAGCUGCAGGGAAGACGCUCACUGUCCCGAGCAUGCCGUCUGCACUGACAACAUCUGCACAUGUAAAGACGAAUACAAAAUGAUAAGUAACUUCUGUGUGCCUAGCGAUAUGAACAAAUGGAGGAUUGUCAAAGGAACGAAAACUGUGAAGGACAUCGCGCUAAACAGAGGGUCUGAACCCGGUGCUUCCUGCUCGGAUGCGAAUUCUUGUACAGUAGGAUCGGUGUGCGUCAACGGCCAAUGUGUAUGUGACUUCGGAAGUGUCCCUGAAGAUGGCUCGUGUGUGUCCAAGAGCGGAAACCUUGGCGUCGGUGAACACUGCUCUGAUGCCUACAAAUGUCGUGAUGGUCUCGUGUGUGUGCUCGAACGAUGCAUGUGUCCUGAUGAUGAUCUAACAUGUGAUGGUCCUCUUGACACAUGUGUUGGAGGCGCAAUGUGCGUUGAUGGUCUAUGUGUGUGCCCGUCGGGUAUGCAUCCGUCUCCACAAGGCCGUUGUGAGCCCAGUACUGCCACGUCGGCACCGUCCGCAUCGUCAGCUCACAUAUUGAGUCCAGGUAGCGUGCACGCUGCCGAGUUCACUCAUCACCAUACGCAUCAGCCGUUUCAACCACGCUCAUCAUCCCAACCAGUUCCCACGCAUGCUACAACACCAUUGCUAACCUUCGCUAAUACGGCUUCAGAAACCGAUGAAUGCGCUGCGAUUGGCUUGUACUGUCGCAGCAACACUGUGUGUCGUGAUCUUAACUGUCAGUGUCCUGAUGAUUAUGUGCUGCACCAUGACGGAUGUGUACCACCGCAUGAAGCUGGACGGAAAAAAGCACGCGGAAAAGCGAGACAUCAAGGUGGUUUGUUUGGCUUCCAGUAG